UGAAUUGUGGGAUAGUGAUUAACGGAAGUGAAAGAGCUGUUACAAAAAUACAGUUCCUGAUGAAGACAACAUUUCGUUUUUCAUAACAACUUAGACUUAUAACGAUGUCUAAAAGUCGCCAUGACAUCGAUAAAGAUACCGUGGUGGCCUACCACGACUUUAUACAGGGCCAGAUUAAAGGUGAGCUAAAUGGCGUUAAUCUGGGCCCUGGACGGUCCUGCUGUUUGAUGGCGGGGAUAGUGUUUGUACUCGGACUGGUAUUUGGCAUGGUCGGUAUCCUAGUGGUCACUCUGAGGACUCGCCAUGUUUACCUGUGGGACUGGAACGACCAAUUUCUGGGGCCAGCCUUCAUCGUGCUGAUGUUGCUGUGUGUGGGGCUGGCCGUGUUCCUAGUGGUGGAGGGGAAACGGAGAGCCAACGCCUACAGGAGAGACCUAGUGUUCCGGCCCAUUGGUGACUAUGGAGUAGCUGUUGUCCACAAAAGUAGACUGAAUUAUGAAGAGAAAACAAGAGAUAACUUGAAGUCAGGGACAACACCACAUCAGCCCAUUCAGCCCAAACCUUACCAGCCCAUUACUUAUGAUCAUGAGGGUCGUCCAAGAAAAGCUGGAUAUGAGAAUCGAGGCUAUGGAGACACUGACCCAAGAGGUCCCCCACCUCGGUAUGAAGAGAGAGGUCGACAUCCUGAUGAUCGCAGACCUCGAGGUCCUGACAGACGAGGGCCUGAUGACAGGAGAGGCCCUGAUGACAGACGUAGACCUCCUGGUGAUCGACCAAGGGGACCCCCAGAUGACCGGACUAGACCUGAUCGUCCUCGUAUGCCACAUCCACGUCGUGGUCCCCCAGGUGGGCCUGAUGAUCGUCCAAGGAGACCUCCUGGUGGCCCUGAUGAUCGAAGAAGAGGCCCUCCAGGGGAUCGGAGGAGAGGACCUCCGGGACCUGAUGAUAGGCGACGCCCACCAGGACCCCAAGGGGACAGAUAUAGAGAUGAUAGAAGACGAAUGGAAGAUGAUCGACGAAGGGAGGAGAAGAGAAGGGAAGCAGAGGGUGAACCACGGCGAGAACCUAUGCAGCAACCACCUGAUGCUGAUUUCAGACCUCCACGAGGGGGUGACGACACCAAUCGUGUCCUGCUCAACAAUGAUGGUCGACAUGAGGAGUCCGAGUUUUAAAGUCCCGUGUCAGCAAUAAAAACAAGUUUGGACCAAAGUGAUAGAUUUUAUUGGAAGCUGUCUGAAUGGUUUAAGUCUAGUCCUGACAUCAUAUUCAGCAAACUGUCUGCAUUUUAACUUGUAGGUUCUGUGAAAAACACAGAGUGUAAAACAACUCAGAAUUGUGUCAUCUGUUCAAAGAUUUGAUUACAGUUUUAUAUUGUACAUGUAAGAAAUAUCAGAUCUUAUAAUUGUGAUCGGAGCUUGAUCAUCAUGAAUAAGAUAUGGUUUAUACAUAUGAUAUGAAUUGAAAUUAUUGAGAUGGGAGCAGCUGCAAGAUGUUUAUAGGAUAAGAACCACCCUGUUUAGUAUGACACCCUGCUGAGUAUGACAAUAUCUACACUUGGUAAUCUGUGGGGUAUCUGAUAACCCUGUAGUUACAAGGCCACUGUUAAUUAGGGGGCAACUGAUCUACAACAAGUGUCAUCUAUCAUAGAUUAUAUGUACACAAGACCUCAGUGAAUAAGAAAAUAUUAGUCGAAACGUUUUUACAUAUAUAUGUAAUUAUUUUGAAAUUUUACGAACUACAAUAAUUGCCAAAAAAUUGAAGUUUACUUGUGGAAUCUGAUAUACAACUAUUUUACUGGAAACAUUUUUAAGAAAGUUAUUUCUAGCAAACUGAUGACAAAGAAUAUCUUGUUAUCGUAAACAAUAUUGUAUGUAAUAACUGAUGUACACAGGCAAUUGUCAUGCAUUUCAAAAUUUAAAAAAAACCUUUUUUUAAACAAUUUGAAAUUUGUAUUAGAAUUUUAAGUAUAUUUUGUUAAAGAAUUUUUAUUUGAAACUACUACUUUUUAUCAAUCAACAUAAUACUUUAUGUGUGUGAGGUCUGAGUCUUUGACCUAUUGAUCAAUCCAUGCUGGCAGACUACCAGAUGAAUGAUACAGAAUGGCUGACAGUAAACAUUCCAUUAUUCUAUUUAAAGUGUGUGAUAGUGAAUCUCUUAACUUGGGAGACCAGAUUAUAAUAUAUAAAUCAUAAAAACAUAGUUUUUUAUUCCAUCUAUGUCAAUCAAGAACAAGAAAACAGUUAAUUUACUCAAUUUAUUUUAUAGGUUACUCUUACCCAAGUAUCAAACAAUAUAGGUUACUGUUACCCAUGGAUCCGGUAACCGGGACUGUGACAAUUUUCUGUUACUAUAAUAUAAGGAUUUUACAGCUUCACCAAUAUUAGUUUGCUGUUUAUAAGGAUUUUACAGCUUCAUCAAUAUUAGUUUGCUGUUUAUAAGCUCACCUGCCUGAAGGCCCUUGACCUAUAUUCAAGGUCACAGGGGUCGAGUAGGCAAAAAUCUUUAAACUCCUUCUCUAUUACCAAGAGACCCAGAGAGUUGAUAUUUGGCCACUAGCAUGCUUGGGUGAAGGGCUAUCAGUAUCGUUCAAAUGAAUGACCUUUACUUACAUUCAAGGUCACAUAUGAUAGAAUUUUAAACAGUGAUUUCUCUAUAGCCAAGAGACUCUGAGACCUGAUUUUAGGCCAAUAGUAUGCUGGAAUGAAGGACAAGAAAUUUCACAAUUUUUGCCAAUUGACAUGAAUAAAGCUAGUCUACUAUGUUAUUUGAAUAAAGCAGUAAUCAGCAUAGUAUCUGCAGAAACGACCUAAAUCAACUGCAAAAUUGUUGUAGAAAAUAAUUUGAUUCAUGUUAUGGUUAGACAUCAAUAAAAAAAAUCAUAACUCUCUUGUUUAAAUUUAAAUUGCUUUUUUCUUCCUCUUCCUUUUUUCUUCUUUUUUUUUUAGUUUCGGUCAUUUGGUAGAUGGAACAAAUUUCCUGAAUGAUAUAAACAUACUAUGAUAUAAUAUAUCUGUGAAUUACACCCAAUUCAUUUGGUGGGGUUCAUGAUAAUUUAUUCGGGUGUUAAUUUAAUCUGGAUGAUACAGGUACAUCAUACAUUCCUAUAAGAUGGCUGCUUCACCUAGAAACAUAGACAUAUCCUCCUCUGUAGAAAAAGAGCGAAGGUGUAGUAAUGGUAACUGGUCAGCAGGGAGAAGAGGUCAGAAAGGACCUUUUUAUGUCAUUAAGAUUUAUAUCAUUUAUAGAUCAUCAAAACAUGACCUCAAGGACAUGAAAAUAAGCAUUGGUAAGUGUAGGUCAUCAAAAAAUAAUCUUUUAUGUGAUUAGAAUACAACAUACUUGUAGGUCAUCAAAUUAUGACCUUUACGGUCAUUAAAAUGUGACCUUUGUAAGCGUGGGUCAUCAGAACAUGACCUCUAUACCUGUAUGUCAUCAGAAUAUAACAUUCAUGUAGGUCAUCAAAACAUGACCUUGAAAUCAUAGAACACAAACUGUAUCAUCAUGUGGUGUUGUAAAAUAUCUACGUAGGUGAAGCACAUUUGCCAUACCAUCAUGUGAUUUAAUGGUGUAUAUCAAUUCACUGAUUCGUCUUUGAUUCAAAUUUAGUAAAGUAUAAAAGUAUGUUUCCUAGUUCUAUUUUUGUACCAUAUUUUAUUGUACAUAUUUGUAAAUAUGUGAUCAUUCAAUCAUCAUACAUUCAGUGCCAUUGUACAUCAAGAUCAACAUUGUAUCAAUAACCAUUUCUUUUGUAUAAUCAAAGAUCUUAAUAAAAUUUUAUACUAAUUAGUA